AUGGCACCGUCUACCAGAAAUGCAGCCCGUCGUGGUGCUACCGGUACUGGCACUCAUGACCCCACAGUGUCUGGCACCUAUGUCAUGCGCACACGCAGUGGUGUUGCCAUCAACCCCCCCGCCAAACAAAAUAAUAAGCGCCAAAGAAAUGCUGUCCCCGAGUCAUCUCCUGCUCCGGAUGACCCUCACCGGCCAAAACCUCGUCCUUUACCCCGACGUUCCUCGGGUACGACCUUUGAGGACUAUGCUCGAAUCCUUGCUCGCCCUCGCAAACAACACUUAAAACCCACAGCGGACUCCGUCUCUUCUGGAAUGGAGUUGCAAAGCGACCAUCCCCCAGAUACACCUGACAUCGACGAUGACGUACCCGUUACGGACACUCGCAUGGAUGAUGAUAUGAACGGCGGUAGCGACAAUGAUGCCGAUGAUGAUAUGACCAAUGAAGACCGUGAACACAGCCAGGCUAACGAAGAUGAGGAUGAGGAUAAUGAUGGCUCCAACAACGUAGAAGGUGAUAGCGACAACGACGCCAAGGAUGGCGAUGAAGAGCCUGAGGGUGGCGAUGAAGAGCUUGAGGGUGGCGAUGAAGAGCCUGAGGGUGGCGAAAAUAACAAGGACUUCGAGACUUCACAAGCCAGGAGACUUCGGCCUCGAAGGGUCAAGAAGGGCAGCUACAAUUUACAUUUCGAUGAUGGUUCUCAAAGCUCUUCAUCGGAUACCAGCUACCGUGAAGGCCCCGCAACAUCUGAUCAAGAUUCCGCCCAUGAGUCAGAUGCAAACAAAGACCUCGACCCCAACCACAACAGCCCGUCUUCACCGCCUGCUAAGCGCAGGAAAAGGUCUUCAGCGAUCGAAACUACCUUGGCCAACACUUCCCAAAAAACAUCUCACUCGACAACCGUUCGCAAGAAGCAUGCAGCUAUUUCACAUGGUGGCAACCCCACUCCAGCCAGUCAUUUAAAGCGUGGACGGCUAUGUCAGGAGGGCAUCGAUGAGGCUCAGGAACUUGGACAGAAAACAGCAGAAGAAGCUCGGGUGAUUGGCGCCAAGUAUGGCAAGUCCGCGCGCGCUAUUCUCAUUGAGGCUGGUCUGUCCAUCAAGCAUUCACGAUCAGAGUCUGAUUGGAAUGCCCACCAACGCUGGUUCAUGGAUAAUAACCCCCGCAAGGACAAAGAAUCUAUCAUCGACUGGAAAGAACGUCAACGCAAACAUUAUCAUGCGAUGGGCAAGGAUGACGAAGAGUGGGACAUCAUUCGCAACUAUAACGUUACUGGCGGCAAUACCAAUCAAUCACGCGCCAAGACCAUUUUGUCAAUGAGGGAGGAUAUUGCAAGAAAGUUGUCUGCUUAUUCUCGCCUUGAAGGAGUCGAGGCCAUCGGCUGUAUAUUUGAUACAACACAAGACGAGGCUGCUCGACAGGCAUCCGGCUUUGUCGCGGGCUCCGACCUCAUAGUCAAGUUGAUCAAUGAGCAUCAACUGGAUGCUCGCGCAAUAUUAGAUUGGGUCGUGACUGCAACGAAAGCGAAAGGCUACAAUAUAUCCGUGCCGCAGUUCAUGGGGGGAGUAGGGGCUUACGAGAUUCUACUUUCAAAGCCAAACGAGGCUCCCCGCGACCGUUACAGGAGGAUAUGGCCAAUUAUGGUACUCGAGCACACUUCGAAGUUUGGGUAUCAACCCAAAGCAGUCCAGUGGCGGAAGCUUCUUGACUAUGCUUUCCAGUACAAGUUCAUGAUUAAGAACUGGCCUGAAGACGUCCUUCCUAUCGGUCCCGAAUUCAAUCCUCACAACCUAAGUUCUCAGCACCUCAAGCUACUUGUCGUUCCUUUCAUCAAGCGCAAAGCGCAUUCUUAUUAUGAGGCAGAGCUCCGCACUGAAGCUGAGAGCUUGUUAGAGCUAGAGAAAAAGAAGUCGAAGGGCAAGCGCCGAGGUCAGGGGCGCACUGUGGAAGACGUCAUGAGUGAAUUAGAUGUCGAUGUACCCGAGAUCGAGUUCGCAGCUUGGCCAGAUGAAUGUAUCAAGCAGCUCAAUGACGAGGUGCCGGAGAUGUUCGACAUUCCCUUGGUGACCAGUGCCUUGGAUGUUGUGCUACGCAAGCUAGUAGACUCCGCCAAAUUUAAGGCGUCUGUCCCUGAAGAUAUAUUGGCAGCUCAUGAAGCACAUCCGGAUGGUCAGACUCCCUCUACUCACGACACGCUGCCAAGUGAUCAUGAAUCUCCUGUCACUCCGAGCCCCCCGACCUUGCCAUCAAACCAACGUCACCCUACCAAUUUCACAGCAGUACAUCGCCGCGAGGACACUCAUCUUCCUCAAGUCCCAAAUGUGUUUGAUCGUGAAUCUCGCCCUGUUCUGCCUACAAGCAGAGAUGAACCUGUCGGUGGUGGAAGACGACAGGCUAGCCUGCCGUUCAAGGCGAAGAAAACCUUUACGGGCUUGCGCCCUACCCAGGCCCUCGUCGUGAGGACAGAGAUUUCGUUGCCCCAAACCGCCGCCGUGAAUAUUCUCGUUCACCUCCUGUAUACCCUCAGCGAGAUCCAUCUCGCUCAAGGUACUAUCGGCCCACCUACAGGCAACGCGAGACUUCUCCUGUCGCGCUUAGCGAUGAUGGUUCUUAUCCUGGACGUCCUGCUCACUCACGCCGGCAAAAUCAUGCUGAUGAUUUCAAUCAGAGGUUCCAAGUAA